AUGUCAUAUGACGACAAGUAUAGACACUUCUCCAUGGCAAAGAUGAGACAAGUUUUAAAUAUUUACAAUAGCCGUAAACAAAAAGGUUUGGGAAACCACUCCCCCGAAGAAAUGAAAAACAACCCUGACUUAGAGAAAGACUAUAUAUUUAAUAAUUUAGUCAAAAGAGACAAACAAGAAAGAAUGCCGGGCUUCAAACUUCAGAAAGGUGACAAAGUAAAAAUAGAAAUACCUAAACGCGACCCAUAUGAAAAUACUAUUGACUAUGACAACAAUGGGAACUCGACAGGUACUCACAUUCGUGUUCGUAAAAAUAGAAGAAAGUAUACAAGAGAAUAUUAUGAAGUUUUAGGCAAACAUGGCAAAAUGUACAGACUGCAAGCAGAAGAUAAAACUACUAUUGUCAGACCUCGUUUCAAACUUGUCAAAGUUCAAGGUGGUAUACUUUCAAAGACAGUUCCUAACAAAUAUAAGACAACUCCUGACGAAUAUGCUAAAGAAGUUGAAAAUGACGACUAA